CAUAUAUAUUUUUGGCAUUGUUGUUGAUAAUGUUGAUUGUUGUGAAAAUAAAAAACUUUCCAAAGUUUGUUGUGAGUUAAGGUUUUGUCAUGGUUUUGAAUAAGCUCUUUGGUUUUGUGCCUUCUUCCAUUAUUUAAUAUUAAGUAUAUAUCAGAUUUCACAUCAAAAACAUUAUACUACUAUUUUGGAAAAUACCUAAGUACCUAUACAUUUCGAAUUUUAAUUUAAUAAAAUGGAUGAACUCGAUUACUAUAAGUCUCUAGUUUCAGACGAUGAAGUAGUCAAUGCACUAAUAAGGGACAGCAAAGCUAGAGAAGGCCUUUUAGAAAAACCACGAGUUAGACCCAAUUUACAAUUUUUUCAACGCACCGUCAACAACUUGGUAUCCUCGAAUAAAAGAGUUACAGAAAAGCAAGAAUAUGUCAAAGCCAUAGAAAAGGAAAAGAACAAGGUAUAUAGACCAAAGAAAGUGCUAGUGAGGAAGAAAUUACCUAUUGAAUAUAUUAGAGAGAUUUUAACUAACAGGAUUGAGUUUGUGAAGCCCUCAGAAGAAGAAAAUGCUGAUAAAACUACACAAAGCUGUGAUGCUAAAGAGAUACAAACAAGUGCAAUACCACAUUCUUCCAGUCAAAAAUCUAGACAAAGAUCAUUCAAUCAAACGAAGAGCCCUUUUCAGCAAAUAAGGGAGAUUUUAUCCAAAAACAUAGGUAAUAAUAGUAGUAGUAGUUUAAGUUCAAACUCCUCAUUUAACCAAAGAAUAUGUACAAAAACGCAACAAACUCAAGAAGAUAUGGACACAAGUUGUUCAUCAGAGAGUGAAGACCUUAGUAUUCGAAAAAUAAAUGACGUUUCUGAUACAAUCAUUACUCUAUCGGAUUCUGAUACUUCAGAUUCAGGAAAAUCAGUGGAAAUUGUUGAUAAUGUGGCGAGCAUCAGUUUUAAUAGUGUUAAGAUUACAAAAAAAUAA